CGGUGGGUUCCUGGAGGUGCCUGAGCGAACCCCUUAGCUCCCGAGCUCUGGCCAAGCCUGCCUCCCCGGGGCGCAGUGCCUCAACAGCCCGGGCUCGCUGCCGGCCUUGCGGGCUCCCGCGGCAGGCGCGGCCCGUGCUGCACCCUCCGCUGCUGCGAGCGUCUGCGAGUCCCUACUUCAACACCGAGUCAAACUUGGGAGGGGCGCCCCAGGGUUCCGGCCCUGCCAGGACCGCCCCAUCCCAAACCCUUCCCAACCCCCCUGAACCGGGAGCGCGCAGGCGCAGCUGGCUAGGAGUCCCGCCGCUGGUCUGGGAACCCGCUGAAGAACCCGAGCCCCUGCAGCCUGUACCCGCACUGCCGCCCGUUCGCCAUGGUUUCAGGUUCCCGACUGCUGCUACCUUUGGUGCUUUGCCUGGGGCUUGGCGUACUCGUGCUUUCUACGGGGUCCCCGGGCCUCCGCAAGAGAGGCCCCUCGGUGACGGCCAAGGUUUUCUUCGAUGUGAGGAUUGGAGACAAAGAUGUUGGCAGAAUCGUGAUUGGCCUCUUUGGGAAAGUUGUGCCCAAGACUGUGGAAAACUUCGUCGCUUUGGCAACAGGAGAGAAAGGAUAUGGAUUUAAAGGAAGCACAUUUCAUCGCGUCAUCAAAGAUUUCAUGAUUCAAGGAGGAGACUUCACCAAUGGAGACGGCACUGGCGGUAUAAGCAUUUACGGUGAGACGUUUCCAGAUGAGAACUUCAAACUGAAGCAUUACGGCAUUGGGUGGGUCAGCAUGGCCAAUGCCGGGCCCGACACCAAUGGCUCUCAGUUCUUUAUCACCUUGACCAAGCCCACCUGGUUGGAUGGCAAACACGUGGUAUUUGGGAAAGUCAUCGAUGGAAUGACAGUGGUCCACUCCAUAGAACUUCAGGCAACUGAUGGGCAUGACCGUCCGCUCACCGACUGCUCCAUCGUCAACAGUGGCAAGAUAGACGUGAAAACGCCCUUUGUGGUUGAGGUCCCUGACUGGUGACGCACCUGGCAGAAAACAAGGAAAACGCCCUACGUGUGUGUGUGUGUGUGUGUGCGUGCGUGUGUCUUUUGACUUUUCAAAGUUACUGUUUGCACUGUCUUUUUACUUGCUUCUAUUUUCCACUCCAGAACACAGGAGAGUUUCUGCCACCGUUUAAUCUGCAUGAAUUUUGGUGAAUGACUUGUUUAGGGACUUUGUACUUAAAAGACAGAGCCCCUUCCUUUAGUGGUGCUAUUUUUCAACCAGAAAACUUUGUAUUAGCUAUUUUCUUUUGAGGACCACAAUCAUCAUUUCCUCAAUUACUUGUGAUCCCCAAGUGAAGUUUUGCUGAAGAUUUGUCAGAAAAACAUGGGAACAAGAAUUUGAUUAUUUUGUAUUUAAACAAACUCUCUGGGUAAAGGGAGACCUGACUGGGAUAAUCUGAUCUGUGUCCUGGGGACCUUUACCGGAUGACAGGUGCUGUGAUGCUCUCUAUAUUAAACACCUUUUAUAUGGAUCAACUCUUUUGGCAAGACUUUAUUUAAAUAUGAAAUUCUUUAAAAAAUUAAUAUACAAAAAUAUACACACUCCUGUUAACAGUGAACAUAUUGGAGAGGAUUCUGUAAGUCAAAGUACUAACGCAGCUGGAUAAUUUGGGAUGGGAAUGCACAGAAUGGAUGGAUGCUCGUCCACACCCCAAAUACUUGAGCUGCCUCUUCACUAAUUUUUACUAAAUGCAACAUUUUUAGAAUGUUCCCUUAAGUUCAGUUGCAACAAAAAGGAACCUUUGAAACAUAAAUUGGAUGAGAAAGUAAAACGCUGCCAGGCCCUUACUGUAACAUGCCCGGCUGCAGCCGUCUGUGCCCGCCUCUGCUCGGAUGCGGGUGUUGUUCUGCGAGAAGACAGCCUCGCUGCUUCUCCUCUGGCUCUCGUGCAGUGAGGCUUCAACAGAAUCCCAUCGUUUGAGCUGCUUUCUAAGAAAAUCACUUCAUGUCAUGAAAUCUAAAGACCUACAUCCAAGAUUGCUCUAUCCAGCAAAGCUUUCAUUUAGAAUGGAAGGGCAGAUAUAGUGCUUCUCAGAUAAGGUCAAAUUCAAGGAGUUCAUCAAUACCAAGCCCUUAUUAUAUGAAAUGUUAGAUAAUCCCAAUGUUAUCUAAGAAAAAGAUUAAAAAUAUGAACAAUGAAAGGACAGCAAACUCACAGUUAUUAACAACCACACCUAAAACAAAAGCAAACUAAGAGGACAGCUAGAUCAGGAGCGGAACCAUAGAAAUGAAGAUCACAUG